AUGGCUGUCGAACUCAAGAACAAGGGCAACAAGGCCUUCCAAGCGGGUGAUUAUCCCAGUGCUGUAGACUUUUACAGCCAGGCCAUUAAGUUGAACGACAAGGAGCCUACAUUCUUCACCAACCGAGCCCAGGCAUAUAUCAAGACCGAGGCCUACGGUUACGCCAUUGCCGACGCUACAAAGGCCAUCGAGCUCAACCCCAAACUUGUCAAGGCGUACUACCGACGAGGACUGGCCAAGACUGCGAUCCUCCGACCCAAGGAAGCCAUUGACGACUUCAAGACAUGUGUGUCCCUCGAUCCCAGUAACAAAGAUGCCAGGCUCAAGCUGGAGGAGUGCAAAAAGAUCGUCCGUCAGCUAGCCUUCUUUGCGGCAAUCGAGGUCGGCGAUGAGCCUUCAGCGGCCGAGGGUCUUGAUCUGGACUCCAUGGUGGUCGAGCCAGGAUACGAUGGUGUGCGAUUAGGCGAUGAGAUGACACAAGAGUUCAUCGACGAUAUGAUUGAACGUUUCAAGACGGGCAAGAAGAUCCACCGAAAAUACGUUUACCAAAUCAUCAUCGCGGUCAAGAAGCUUGUAUACGACGAGCCCACCAUGGUCGAGGUCGAGAUCCCCAGCGACGUGAAGCUCACUGUCUGUGGUGACACUCACGGUCAAUACUUUGAUCUUAUGGAGUUGUUCCGCCGCAACGGAACCCCCGACGAGAAGCACUGGUAUCUUUUCAACGGUGAUUUCGUGGACCGAGGUUCUUGGUCAACUGAGAUCGCUCUGCUCCUCUAUGCUUACAAGUGGCUGCGUCCUAACCAGUUCUUCUUGAAUCGCGGUAACCACGAAACGGAUGACAUGAACCGUGUGUACGGUUUCGAGGGCGAGUGCAAAGCCAAGUAUAACGAGCGGGUGUUCAAGCUGUUCUCUGAGAGCUUCUCUGCUCUUGCUCUGGCCACUCUCAUUGGCAAGAAGUACCUUGUCCUUCACGGAGGUCUUUUCUCUGAUGACAGCGUCACUCUUGACGAUAUUCGAAAACUCAACCGACACAACCAGCGACAACCGGGUCAGGCUGGUUUGAUGAUGGAGAUGCUGUGGACCGACCCCCAGGAAGAGAACGGCCGAGGUCCCAGCAAGCGUGGUGUCGGUAUGCAGUUCGGUCCCGACAUCACCAAGAAGUUCUGUGAGAAGAACGGUCUUGAAGCUGUUAUUCGAAGUCACGAGGUUCGCAUGGACGGUUAUGAGGUGCAGCAUGAUGGCCGCUGUAUUACCGUCUUCUCUGCCCCUCGAUACUGUGACUCAACAGAAAACAGGGGUGCCUACAUCAACAUUGGCCCCGACUACAAACUCCAGUACGAGCAAUUUGAUGCUGUGCCUCAUCCCGACAUCAAGCCAAUGGCAUAUGCGCAAAGCUCUCUCAUGUCUUCCCUGAUGUAG